UUUUGAACGGCGUAACCGUUUUUCCGCACGGACGAAAACACGCGAAAGUCGCUUGUCAUCCGCGUUUGAAUCCGCGGGACGAACUCGCUCGACACGCGCGGCGCCGGCCGAGUCGAGCAGGCAGCGAGAUCCCACGGGAAUUGUGCCUGUCGCUCGCGAAACCACGACGCGCGGACGACUCCGGUUAUUUUUAGUGACGCGAUUUUGCAACGUCGUUCCUCGGACGGGAACGGACGGCCGUGCGUAAUCCGCUCACCUCGGAUCGGCAGGUCGACCGACGCAAGAUGUACGGCAGGUGGCGGCUCCUGUUGACGGCGCUCGUCCUGACGCUCAGCUGUAAGUUCGGAGGCGCGUCCUGGACCGGCUGGCUGUGGGGCAAGAAAGCGAGCGACGACGCCAGCGUCCUGGUCGCCGACAGCGUGCCCCUCGUCUCGAUUCCCUACGAGUCGAUGACGGAGGACGAGAAGUUCCUCCGGGAGGCCGCCAAGUUGACGGACAUUCAGGUGUCCUCGCCGCUGGAGACGUGCCAGCACAAGGUCAUCAUGAAGAUCAGGACCUCGUGCUCCGACAUGACGGAGGAGGAGCUGGCCAAGCUGGGCGUCAAUCUGCUUAACUGCCAAUCAGCAGUUGAGGGCAGGAAGAUGUUCCCCUGCACCGAGGACAUGUCUCUUAAACAAUGCACAAUCGACAUGGACGCUGACAUGUGGAAUGCGUAUCACUUAAUAAGUAACAGAGCGAGGGCGAUUUGUUACGCGGCUCGAAACACACAAUUUCGCGCUCUUACAGAGUUGACGGUCAACAAGCUGAUGCAGUCCUCGCAUUCUCAAAUCGAGGCGCUGAAGUCAUUGAAGCAAGGCCAAGAUCGUCUGGAAGAGCAGACGGCGGAAACUCUGUCGUCGUUGAGCGAAGGAAACAAGGUGCUCUUGGCGCAGCAAGAUCACUUGAAGGACGCCCAGACGACGGCUUACAGGCUCGUAACAACAAACCUGAAGGAGUUGUAUAACGAAAAGGCGUUAAUACGAUCCGGCUACACUCAGCUCGCUGCCAUGACGGAGGAAAUAAAACACAAGUUGGAAAAGGCGCACGCCGAUCUCGAGCAACAGGCCGUCGAGCGUGGGGAAAAUCAUCAGGAGGUGUUGCAGGAUUUGAUUAACAUACAGGAGCAAGCGCGACUGGUCUGGGAGAAAAUGGAGCAGAGCACCAAACACAUACUGGAGUACCACGACCAAACUGUUCAUCAGUACGAGCAAACGAUGGAGAUGCUCGCGCAAAUUAACAACACCAUCCAGUACAUUUGGAAUCUCACUAGUACAAUGCGGACAGAAGUAGACGAAAAAUUGGGAUGGAUCACCAACUACAUCGGCGACACCGGUGAACAGAUGCAGAGAGCAUACCGCAUAUUUUUACAUAUCGUGUAUAUAUUAGUGGCGAUGAUAGUCGCCGCGUUUUUACAAGCGCCGUUUUUAACCAGAGCUACCAUCAUUGGCGUUGUGCCGGCGAAUCUUUUAACCUACUUGAAGUACGGCAUGGAGGCCUCUUUAGAUUUUACGUCCAUAACGGUGUUGAUAUUCGUGAUCACCGCAAUGCACUUCAUAAUGCUGGGAAUACAACGUAUGAUCGGACCAAACGUCUCGGAAGCAAACACGAAACUAAUCAAGCUGAUUCAUCAAAAUGGUCAUGGCUCGUAUAGCGUUGCGCACGACAGUACGUCGUCAGCGCAUUCCACUUCUGUGCACACGAGAAUAGAGAAAAAAAUACAGGCACUUAACAAUCUCAUCAUUUUGAAAAUAAAUCACUACAGAGAGAAGUUUCGCGCUUUGUUAGAGACGAUCGCGUCAUGGGGUGGACGGAAUUUAAACGCGCACGAGGAGCUGUCUUGCUCGUAUCAACCGUCGCGGAAAAAGCGUGAGGACGUCGUUCCCGAUGGGAUGAAUUUGGAUUUCUCGAGUUUCCAGCCGAAUAACCUGCCAGAGUGUGAUUCUACUGACAUAAUAUGUCAGUAUGACGAAUGCACCGGCAUCAACUCUGGCCGUUUCGUAACUUGUGACGACACAGAGGACUCGUUUGAGUAUCCUCGGUUCAACAUGAAUUCGCUAAAAUUGAGAACCUUCAUGAAACCCAGAAGUGUUACUCCGACGUCGCCGAAAUUUUCAUGUAUGGGAAUAACGAGAAGCGGCAGGAGAUGUCGAGCGUUCGCUUCGCCCGGACUGAACUACUGCCACCAUCAUUUGACGGGCACGUCCAUUAUGAGUGAUCGUUUUAAUUAAUUGAAGAGGGAUUAAUAAUUUCGUAAUAUUUAUAUAUAUAUAUAACAGUUGCUAUCAAACUUGCAACGGAUAUUUAUUUUUUGUAUAUAGUGUACGGAUGUACCUUAAUGAAAAAGUAAUCUCAGAGAAACAAGAAAUUCUUAAGAGAUAGUUUGGCAAGGAUUACUAAUUAAUCGUUCGUUCGGUGAUACUGCAGUAAUCUCAAGGUAUCGUACUUUGAUUCUGAUAAUAUUUUUUAAUGCAUAUACAUAUUUUAAUGUUAGUAUUAUUUAUUAGUGUUAGUUUUGAUGUUAGUCUUAAUUAUUUAUUAGCAUUGAGAGUUAAUUUAUAUGACUUCUAUUAUCUGAUCAUUGUGAUUCAAGUAUAUUUCUAUGUUGAGACACCACCUACGAACUAUUAAAAACUUUAAAGUAUUUUCAAUGGCAUUUCGGAUAGUACGAAUUUCAAGAUCAAACUUCCAAUGAUUCUGACCGUUUAAGCCUGAGAGUGCAUAAUCAAACAGUCUAAAUUGUUCAAUUCGACCCCUCAGGUCUAAAAUGAAACAAACGUUUUCUCCGAAUAGUAUUUCGCUCAAAUUUCUCUGCAUUGUUUAUACAAUUCCAUCUUACAAUUUACUAAAAAAUCUUUCGUCUGAUUACUAAUAGAAAUAUAACGUUUCUCUCAAUGAUUAAUGUACAAUACAUAUUUAAAGAAACGUAAUUUCCUAUAUUUCCGUAAUAACGAUGAUAAACGGAUUAAUAAUGAUAAUAAUUAGUCCUGCGAUUAAUAUAAAUGAUAUUUAAUAUUUGUGCGAAGUACACAAUCUACUAUUUUAUAAGGAUAUAUCGAACUACAGACUUAUGAUGUAAAGCAUCUUAUAACACAUCUUAUAACAUCUUGUACCAAACUGUAAAUUAAUAUAAAUAUAAAGUUUUAUUAUAAAUGUAUAUAAAAAUGCUUAUGGUUUUUCAAGCUUGCACUCUCGCCAAAAUACAGAAAUAUAUGUAUACAUUUUUAAGACUAAAUACAACAUUAUAUAUGUGUGUUA